AAAAAUGAGCUUAAGGUUCUUCCUCCAGUUCCUCAGGUGUAUGCCACACUACAGCCACACCACCAGAUUCUUCCUGUUGGAGUUGUUUUGUCAAUAAUUGGCAGUCAAGUCAUUGUAGAGGGUGUUGAGAAGCACAAUCCUCUUAAUGAAGGCUCUAUCCUCUGGAUAACUGAACUUAGAUCUCCAUUGGGGUUGGUAGAUGAAAUUUUUGGACCAGUAAAAAAUCCUUAUUAUUCCGUAAGAUACAAUUCUGAAAGUGAAGUUCCUACAGGGAUUUGUGGAGGCACUCACGUCUCUUUUGUUCUGGAGUUUGCUGAUUAUGUGCUCAACAACAAAGACCUAUACAAGAAGGGGUACGAUGCAUCUGGAGUGAAUGAUGAAGAGGUGUUAGACGAUGAAGAGUUUUCAGAUGAUGAGAAAGAGCUCGAGUUCAAGAAAAUGCAGAGGUUGGCUAAGAGGUCUAUGAAUAACAACCAGAAAAAUGGGAACGGAAACAACACUAGAAAGAAGAAAAACUCUAGUCAAGCCAGGAAAUUCGAUCAGCGUACGUAUCAGAACGAAAAGAUACCCGAUGAGCCCAGAAAUUAUGGUCAGCCCACACCCCAGCAAGCAAUGAUGCCUGAGGGCAGCAAAUUUGAUCAGCACACAACCCAGGAAGCAAAGAUGGAUAUGAUUCAGCCAUCUUCCAAUCACAACCAGCACAAUGGCCCUCCUUUUGCUCCAUUUUAUCACGGUGGUUGUCCGAACCCUUCAGCGGCAGGGCAAUGUUUUAUCAAUGGAGGUGGUGUUAUUCCACCCUUUCCACCAACGUACAACCCCUGCUUUACCCCAGCAAUAAAUGGCAUUAGGCCAACUGAAAUGCCAUUUCAGCUUCAGCAGCAGCAGAAUCCAUUCUUUCCCAACGCCCUUCCAAUGAAUGGUAUGCCAUGGCUUUUACAGAAUCACCCUACUCAGCAAGUGCCUCAAAUGCCUAUGAUGAAUACCUUUGGAGGAGUGGCAUACCCACAGGGGCUCAUAGGUACAUCACCCGGUCUACCAAAUCCUUUGACAAGUGUCGGGGCACAAGGAAUCCAUUCUGGUGGCCUACAGUUUGGACAGAAUCAAAACUUGCUGCAGCCUCCUUCCCCCCUUGCCAUCCCUGGAAGCAUGGAAGCAACACAGCAAUUCAAUCCAGCCAACUCGCACCCAUCUGGUGCAUUUUCUGGAAACGGAGCACCACCGCAAUUCAACCCGGACUCAUCUUCAAGCCAGGGAGGGAAAUCUUUUGGUCGAGGAGGGGAUUCCCAUUUUAGAGGUAGAAGAGGUCGGCGACAAACAAGAUGAACAUUUUAAUUGUUGCAUAUGUGCAAUUACUGCAUUUUUAUUUAGAUCUGUCAUGUAAAUCCUUCCAUCGUCCCAGGUUGGAUGAGAAUUACAAAAUGCUCGAUUGUUAGAUUAUAAUGCUGAAGUUUGUAUUUCAACCAUUCUA